CCGAGCAUCCUGCAUCCGCCGCCGCCGUCGUUUCCUUUCCCCAAAAGGAUUCGGCCUUAUACCCAUGUCUUAGCUCGGCUCGCCUUCUCACUCCUUCGGUAUCCUUCGUCGCGUAAGGACCUUACUCUGUGCCCGUGCCCAGCGAAUGCAAUCCGCUGCGCGCAGGGUGAACGCGAUUCAGCGUCGCGACGCUCGCUUACUACCUAACAUCCCCAGUCGGCGACUUGGGACUUGCGACUUCAGACACACAGCUAAGAGUGGCGACAACAACAACAAACAAACAAACAACAAGUCGGCGGUGCGUGUGUUUGUGUGUGCGCUUCGGUUCUUUACUUUUUCGUUACUUCAUUCAUUGAUUUUGAUUUUUCUAUUGUUACUCCGACUGGAUUUUUGAGUGCGCGAACGAACACUAAAACGCUAUACAUCCAAUUCUGUGCUCGACGAACUUCAUCUCUCGCGAUACAAGUUACAAAAGCAAUUCGGGGAGGAAACGAGAGCCGGCAAAAUGGACUUUAACAUUAGCAGCAAAGUGAAAUUAGCGCAAUAACUGGAAGAACCGAAGAAUAUCCAACGAAAAUAAACUUUCGCAACGCCAAACAAGGACACGCGUACAAACAUUCAAACCAUGGAUAACUUCAUCUAGUUCCCAGUUACGCUCUUCAAUUUUCAUUUUAUUUUUUUAUUUUUUUCUUUUUUCGGUUCUCGGACAAGAAAGAACAAACGAAGACUAAGUAAAUGGACUAUAACUCACCCCACGUUAUCCCUCCCUUCAAAACACGGUAUUGACAUGGGCGACUAUUCUUAAGUGGGGACGCAGCAGCACAGCAACUUCUGGAGGGGGAACAGAACAGACCAAUAACGCUUUAACUUAUGAUGUCAUCGGAGGAGGAGACAGAGUUCGGUUUGUACACAGAUAAACUCCUGAAGAAAACCAAAAGAACUAGACAGCGCGUGGACGCCGGCGAACCGCGUAACAGUUACUCCUCGAUCCCGAACUUCAGUUCGAGACCGACCUUCCUCGGCAACGGCAACAACCUGUACGGCGCAAUUUUUACCCAACAGCAACAGUUCGGUCUGUUUGGACCGGGGUUUGCGCCCGCGAAGAUGCUUAACGAAUUACUCGGACGCCAGAAGCCUGAAAACGGCGGUGGCGGAGGUGGCGUAGGUGCCGGAGGCGGCGAAAGUGACGAAGUUAACAAGUUUGAUUCAGUGAUCCGCUGCGACAGCAGCCCACCUUCCGGUGAUCAACUAGCACAUCACAUGCUGCGCGACAUCCUGCAGGGCAGGAAACACGAGUUCUUGGCCCUUGAGCACGAUCUCCGCAACGGGCAGGACCACAUCAGCAACAACAAUAAUAACAACGAGCCCAAAGCAGAGUCGGACCGUAGUGACGUCGUGGAUGCAGCGAUGAAGGACUGCCUUGCGGAAGCUGGUGAACGACAGCAAGCAGAACUCAUGGAGGAGGCACUUAACGGUAUGGAGACGGAAUCGUUACCCUCGCCUAAGGUGGAACCUUCGAGUCCAGCAAAACCUGAAGAUGCGAAAAAAGCACGCGUUGAAAACAUAGUCUCGGGUAUGCGCUCGAGUCCAGCACCACCGCAGGUGAAUGGCUGCAAGAAGAGGAAACUUUACCAACCACAACAGCACGACAGCACAGCCGAUAGGUACAUCGAUGAUGAAGAGGAAGAAGAACCGAUCAGGCAGAAGAGGGUUGAAAAGAACGCGCUCAAAUCGCAGCUGAGGACAAUGCAGGAGCAGUUGGCGGAGAUGCAACAGAAGUAUGUACAAUUGUGCACGCGGAUGGAUCAGGGAUCCGAAGAAAGCCAGGAGGUGGAGGAAAUGCCCAGUGAUAGUGAACAGAGCAAGCGGUCACCACCGCCAUCACCGGUGCCGACGGUGGCAACGACGCCCACUGCGUCAGCCGCAACACCAGCUACUUCCAUGGUCAAUCAUCAACAAACCCCGACGCUGGCACAGCAGGUGAGCAAACUGAAGAUUAGCCCUCCGGGCCGAUCGUUCCAUAACGGCCUCCACCACCCGCAUCCGCACCACAACCACCAUCCACAUCAUCUCCACCCGGAGAACCACCCGCACAACUCGAUCAGCAACGCCGCCGCCGCAAUGUACCUGGGCGUGAGCCACAAGCUGAUGAUGGAACAGGAGGCGAGGAUGGCCAAGGAGGCGGCUGCCGCAUCGUUAGCCGAGUCCGCCCAGAUGCAGCACUCACAGAUGCCACCGGGCAUGGGCUGUCCGAAACCUUCAGAGCACAUCUCCGAAAGACUGUCGAUGAUGCGCAACAUGAGCACCCCCACUGGCACAGACCUGGAGGGUUUGGCGGACGUCUUAAAAACGGAGAUUACCGCCUCCCUUUCGAACCUGAUCGAUUCCAUUGUGACUCGCUUCCUGCACCAGAGGAGAUGCAAGAAUCAUGAUGCGGCUGCAUCCGCAGAACAGCUCAACAAGGACCUGCUUAUGGCCUCGCAGAUGCUGGAUAGGAAAUCACCGAGGACCAAGGUGGCGGAGAGGCCGCAGGCGCCGCCGCCACCCCCAUCCAUCGUUGCAGCAGCGAACAAUCAAAUGGUAAAUGGGAAUGGCCCUUGCCAUCCUAUGAUGCCGGCGCAUCAUAUGAAUAACAUACAAAAACCAACAGAUCUCCAUAUCAGGCCCCCAAUGUUUCAGCCCCCGAAACCACCGGGUAUUAGCCAAGCCGCCCUAUACGCGAUGAACCAUCCGUUCUGCGUUUCCAAACAGGAGAACCCCGAGCAGAACGAAGCUCUCAGUCUGGUUGUGGCACCCAAGAAGAAGAGGCACAAGGUCACCGAUACAAGGAUAACACCGCGUACCGUCAGUCGCAUCCUAGGUCAGGACGUUGGAGGCGGAGGCGCCGUCUCCAUGGGAAUGUCACCCGCCUCCAUGGAAGCCAACACGUGCCCAUCGCCACGCCCGCCACCGUACCACCAGCCACCUCCGAUGCUGCCGGUCUCUCUGCCCACUUCGGUCGCCAUCCCCAAUCCGGGACUGCACGAAUCUCAGGUCUUUUCACCAUACAGUCCCUUCUUCCACGGACCGAGCCAUGGACAUCACAUGGCAAUGCAGGCAUCAUCUUCGCCGCCCCGCAUGCACAAAAUAGAGAGGGAUUCGCCGCCCAUCCAUCAUCCGCCUACGUUGCUUCAUCCGGCUCUUCUCGCCGCCGCCCAACACGGAGGCUCCCCCGACUACGGACACAUCCGUGGCCCAAACGGACCCAAUGGCAUGGACAACGGUGACCGAAACUCAGACUGCAACUCCGGAGACAUCUCGUACGACGGAAUGCAACCUACAGUUCAUUUCCAACUGUAUUCGAAACAUUUUCCCUUAACUCCCGUGAACUCGUCAACUCUGACUCCGAUGCACCUCAGGAAGGCCAAGCUGAUGUUCUUCUGGGUGCGAUAUCCGAGCUCGGCCGUCCUCAAGAUGUACUUCCCGGACAUCAAAUUCAACAAGAACAACACAGCUCAACUGGUCAAAUGGUUCUCAAACUUCAGGGAGUUCUACUACAUUCAGAUGGAGAAGUACGCCAGGCAAGCCGUCUCCGAGGGCGUAAAGAACGCCGACGACCUCCAUGUCGGAGGCGACUCCGAACUUUACCGUGUCCUCAAUCUUCACUACAACAGAAAUAAUCACAUCGAGGUAUGGGGCCCACAGGUUCCUUCCAAUUUCCGUUUCGUCGUUGAGCAGACGCUGCGUGAGUUUUUCAAGGCGAUCCAGGAAGGCCGGGAUUCCGAGCAGUCGUGGAAGAAGUCGAUCUACAAGAUCAUCUCCAGGCUGGACGAUCCAGUGCCUGAAUACUUCAAAUCGCCAAACUUCCUCGAGCAGCUUGAGUGACCAGUUACCAAGCACGGUAACUACCUGCCCAACGGUAACGACAUCACCAUCUGGUAGCUAACCUAAACCCAGCUUGGGCAACAAACAAAACUAAACUAAACACAAAAACAAAACAUGAUGAGAGUAAACAACAGCGACUUCAAUCAACAGCGGCGUUCGACGAACACAAAAGCAACAAACGCCAAUCAUUAGAGUGAACAAUAAAUUUGUAAAAAGGGUGGGAAAUUUGGAAAUUUUAAAGAAACUUACGGCGAAAACCGUCGGCCGCGACCAGAGUUUGCCGCCGCCGGUUUUUCCAUAUAUUAAAUUAUAUAUUUAAAGAUGAUGAAGUUAAGAAGACGCUAAAGAAUUACAAAUGCAACCAAAAAAUAACUAAUAAUAAUAAUUUAAAAACCAACAACCAACGAAUCGGUGACACGCAAUCUGCGCGUUCAGUUUUCAAAUUAUAAUAUAUAUAUAAAUAUUAUAUUAUUAUUAACAAGAAAUGUAUAUUAUCUAAAAGUAUGCAACUUUCCUAAUUACAAAAGAAGGAACAACCAUCGGCUCGCCGACGUUUGUCCCUUUUUUCCGGCUAAAAACAAAUUGACAAUUAUUAUAUUGGAGAUGGAGUAUAUUUAAUAUAUUAAUAUUAAACAAAUCUAAUUCGCCCUCUUAAUAUGGAGAAGUUCGUGCAAAAAAAAAAACAAAUUAGAAUUAUAUUAUAAAAAAAAAAGAAGAAAAUAUAUUGAUGGUGGAGAGAAAAAAAAAUAGAACGAACAGUGGAAAUGUUAUAUACGAAAAAAGAAUCAACAAAUUGAUUUUACCUGAUCUUAAAAUAAUGAUGUCUAAUAACUAUAAUAACAGAGGAUUAUUAUUAUAUAUAUAUACAAAUAUAUAUGAACAAUAACCGGAUUUAGAAUCGCUAUAUAAGUUAUAAAUUUGAAACAGACGCAUAUAGGUAAAACUAACAGAGCAAGUUAAUAAUCUGCACUUCAGUUUCAGUUAAAUUCGAAAAUCGAAGACGCCUAAGUUAAUUGAUGCGACGUGUGUUUCGUUUCUUACGUUGUUUUCAGUUUUGAAGACUUUUUUUUCCGUUACAUUCCUCCGAUGAUGUAAACUGUAAAACUUUCUGUAUAU